AUGGCCGCUCACAAUUCAUCUCAUCCAUUGGCCAAGCAAAGAGCUGAUUUUUUGCUCGUCAAAGCUGAUACGCCAAUUGAGAAGAAAGCGCAUUUCCCAGCGGACGUAGUUGGUGCAGCAGCCGCAUACGAAGCUUUCCAAGCUUUCCAAAAUAAUGAUGCUCAUACUUCUGGUCUCACUGGUAAAGUGACCCAUGCUAGAUCAAAAGAGAUCAUCGUCGGUCUCGCUGAAGGUAGAGUCGUAAAGCUUGUCGAGGAGAAAAGACUUCCUUUCACCUCUGAAAAAGAGAAAGUCAAAUUCAUAUCAACAGCUCAAAAACACGCCGCAGCAGAUGCUAAGCGAGCAGUCAGAGAAUCAGGGUUAUACUCUGAUCAUGAACUUGAACCACUUGAUUCUGAAGAGAGGAUUGCUGCUAAGAUCAUGUAG